GACAGAUGCAUAAAAUUGACAAGUAAACGAAAACAACAAGAAAAAGUAGAAAAAUCGUAAAUAAAAAUACAAAUAAAGCCUUGAAAUACUUUUUAUUGUAUCUACAACGAUAGUUUAGUGAUUUAAAAUAUUUUUAACACAAUACCAAUUGUGUAUUAGGUUAUGUAUUCUUAUGACUCAAGGUGAUUAAGUUGCAAGAUGAUAUGAGAUUUUGAAGUCGUGAGUUCAUGUAGCGUGCCUUAUAUGGGUUGAAAGGGUUUAUAUUUUGUUCCUGGUUCAACUUUCGUUCAGUUAAGACAAAGAUUCCAAGAUGAGCGAUCAAGAGAAAUCAAGUGGUUCGAGUUCCCAAGACGGAGAGAAAAAUGACCAAAAUAUGCGAAUUCCUUCACGGUCUAUACCCACUGGACCAAGCUACUUUGCGAGUGAACCUCUCCAAUUUCGAGUCCGAGGCUCCACAAUAACUGGUGCUUCUCCUCCUAAGUUCGUCACUUUGGAAGACAUUAUGAAAGCUGCCCACGGCAUGCAAAACAUGGCACUCGCUCAUGAGAUAGCUGUGGACCAAGAUUUCAAGCUGGAACCUUUUGAACCUCCGGAUAAUAGCUAUCAGAAGUUGGUGAAGGAAACAAUGCACAGGGCAUAUUUUGAUGUACUCCGAGAGCAGCUUAACGCAGAUCCACCACAAUACAAACAAGCUCUUAUACUACUUGAAGAUGUUAAACAGGGUCUGUUUGCAAUACUAUUGCCAAGACACACGCGCAUCAAGGAGAUGAUUGAAGAGGUGCUAGACGGUGACUUCAUCAAGCAACAAGCGGAGAACAACAGUCUGGACUUCCAAAAGUAUGCGACUUUCGUGAUAGAUCUGAUGGCCAAACUCGCGGCUCCAGCGAGGGACGAGAUGAUACAGAAUAUCACACAGCUGACUGAUACAGUUGAUAUCUUCCGAGCAAUAUUAGAAACUUUAGAAGUACUGAAGCUAGACCUAGCCAACACACUUAUAGCGAUGAUUCGACCUCAUGUACAAAAGGAGAGUGUACAAUAUGAGAGGAAUAAGUUUGACGAAAUGCUUAAAGUUUCGGAGGAUGGUCUACAGCACACGAAAGAAUGGAUACAACGGCACAUUGAUAAAACGGGGCUGAGCUUACCCGUCAGUGAUCAGAACAUCAUCAGAAAUGUUACAGCACAAACCUUGGCUAAGGCGUAUUUGGAACUACUCGAGUGGGACGAGUCUAAGGAUUAUCCUGAGACCCUCUCGCUGGACAAGCCACGUUUCGUAGAACUGGGCUUGCAAGUAUACCGCCUGAUUUGCGUCGCCUCACUGCUAUUGGUCAGCCCGUCGUGCGGCAACGAUCCCAACGCGCAAUACAAACAACAGCUCAAAGACAAGAUAGAUAUCAUCAUGGAUAAUGCGUCUAAUGAUGUCGAGCUAAAAGCAGUAUUGCCAUCUGUAGCGGAAGAAGUUAUACUAAUGACGGAGCAACUAUUGGACACUAUGGGCCAAGAUCCUCUCACGUCAGAGACUAAAGAGUUGAUUCGCACUCAAAUCAUAUCUUUGGGAGAUCCAGAGCAUAGAGUUAGGCAGAUUGUUCGUCAACGGGUUCUAGAGUUCCUAAAAGUCAUUCUAGUGUGUGCGGGUGGGUCUAGACAGAUUCCAGUCGGCCUCUCUGCUUUCACUAAAGAACUAACUAAUGUCUCAGGGACUUUGCUACGAUACGUAAUGCACAAUAAAGCUGUGUUCACCAAUCAUUAUUUGGAAAUUAUCGCUGCAGAACUAUGUAAGAAUUAAGCAAAUAUGCCUCCGUUGAGAAGGCCCUUUUUAUUAACUAGCAAUAUAUAUUUACUGUAUUAAUGAAAUGUUUGGUUACUAUGGUAACCACUAACAAUUAAACAUGUUUUUACUUUUUAGUAAAGAAUCUAAUAGACUUUGAAUUUCUACAUGCAAUGUAUGCGCUCCAAUCGAUUCAUGUAUCUUAAAGCAAUAUUUACAAUCAUAGCAUUUAAUUUAUAGCUAGCAAUGUAAUAUGUGAUUCAAAAGUGAAAUUAUAAUAUUGAAAUAAAUAGAGAAGUCAGAAAUUUAGGAAACGACACGCAAAAUAUUACGACAAAUUUUAGCAAAAAGAAUAAUUUUUAUAGCCCUGAAAUUUUUUAUACAUUUUUUACAUAUCUAAUAGAAAUAUAAGAUAUUAAUGUUAAUCAAAUAGACCAUAGCCGCCUAGAAAAUAUCUACUUAUACUAGAACAUGUUAAUUCUAGAAUCUGUUCAUGAACAUUUAAUUUCAUUAUAGAGACAAUACCUAAAGAAAUAAUUAAAAAACACACACAAACACGAAUGAAUGUAAUUUUACUGUGUGAUUUUCAUAAUGAAAAAUCUUUUUUACAUAAGUCCUACUUUAACUUUUUUUAAAGUUGUAUGAAGACUAUUAUCAACAGUGAAUCAAAAGCCACCGUUUACGCAUUCCAUACACAUUGUUAUUGGCUUGAGACCACGACACAAUAGAUUUUCUAUUGUGUCUGUGAUUCCGGGGGCUGAGGGAUUAAAUAUUGGGAACAUUUAUUAAUUUCACCGAUGUUGGUGAAUAUUUCUUUUUUUAUAUAAAAUACCUAUCUACAUUUGGUAUUCAUUCUGGAUUUCAGAACAUAAUAAGUUAUUUUUGUCCGCAUUUAUUAGGGACUGCAUGUCUCAUUAUUAUUUUCUAAUGAUCUAAUGAACUAAAUCGAUACUUCUAUGAGUUAACUGUUUUUACAUUAUAUAAAUUAUUUAUCCAAUAUUCAUAUUAAGCUUAACAUAAUAAAUUAAAGCUAUUUACAAGUUUGUUUAUUACAAUAGCCGAAAUAAUAAUGAUCAUAACUGGAGGCACAAUGUUUAUACUCUUUUUUUAUAAUCAAAAUUACGUAAAGUAUUUUUAUCCAUUUAUUUUUAACAAAACCUUGCAAUCGUUGGGAACAAGGAUCAAAUGUAUUAUUUUAGCUAAAAUAUAACACUGAUAAAUGAAAUGCACUAAUAAAAUAUCGCUAUCACAA